AUGGUUACCAACGAGCAUUUGGAGGACGCCGACAACGAAUUUGAGCUGAGCAGCGAUGUUCUGGCCAUGAUCGCCGAGAUCAAAGCGAAGAAUGACGCUCCCUUGGAUGAAAACGAGAACACUGCAAACUCAAAGACGGAGAUUUGGAGUGUAAGUCCUUUUUUAUUUUGUGUUUCAGGUUUAGGAAGAUUAUAGCGAUGUUAAAUCAGCCCUUUUUCAUGUGCAUUACCUGAAGCUUGAGCUGAAAAAAUAUGGAAUAGUUUUGUCCGAAAUUUUUUGGAGACGAUCUCGGAGAUACAGGGAAGCUUUGCGGAAAUUUUGGCUUUGCUUCUUUUUAAAAUCUUAGAAUUACACCUGAUGUUAUUUUAUACAUCUGCUGAUAUCUAAAUUUCUUUUUUGUUGGACUUUAUCGUACAAUUUCAGAUGAGCCAGUUCUGGUACACCAAGGAUACCUCCGACAAGCUCUGUGAAGAAAUUCUCGAGCUCGCCAAGAGCUUCAAUGGACCCGUGAAGGUUGCGUUUUUGUCUUGUCCGACGAUAUUUGAGGCUCUCGAGAAGAAAAAGGUAUGUCUUUUGUUUUUUCUUGAUGUUUAGGUAUCCGAAGCGUAUUCUGGGCCUUUGUAAUGUUAUUUUCUGUCUUCAGGAGGUUUCGUUUGAGCUGUACACGCAUCUGUACGAGUUUGACACUCGAUUUGGCGAAGCUCAUCCGAAUUUUACCUUCUACGAUUACAACGAUCCUCUUGAGGUCCCGGCAGCUCACAGAAAUCUGUUUGACAUUAUUGUUGUCGAUCCUCCUCACCUUUCCGAUGAGUGUGCUGUAAAAUACGCUCAGACGAUGCGCGUAUUGGCCAAAGAGAAAGAUUCGCCAAUAAUAUAUUGUACUGCAGCAAAAAUGGAGGAAAUUGUAAGUAAUUUCUUUUCUUUUGGUUUGGUUUUUAGGUGAAUUCGUCGAUAAUUCGACUCUAGAGGUGAUUUGGUGUCGUUUUACAGGUCAAAAAGUUGUUCAACGUGCGAAUGACCAAUUUCCAUCCUGAGCACAACUCGAAAUUGGGAAAUAUCUUCUGUUGUUAUACGAAUUACGAACCGAAGACCUUCCAAUGGGAUGAGGAAUGA